AUGCUGCGAAAACAUGCACUGAUCAACCUCGCUUUCGCAGUGCCCAAGAACAGAAAGCCCAAAUUCGAUCUCACGCUCCGCAUCAUCGACCUCACCAACAUCCCACUCGUAGCUGGCACGGCCACCGUGCGUUGGCAUCUGUCCUCCUCCACCACCGCCGACCACCGCGGCCGCACGCCCUCGGCCCCGAUCUCCGAACACAAGGCAACAUGGGAGUACGUCAAGACGCUGCCCGUGCGGCUGACGAUCGACAAGAACGGCAACCUCCAAGAGUGCGACAUCCACUUUGAAGUGCUGCAGGAGUUCCACGACGGCGGGCGUGGAGGCCGAGUCCACCUCGGCAACGUCAAGCUGAACCUUGCAGAAUACACACGACUGCCAGACCUAGGUCCGGAUCGCGAUCCGCAAGAUGAAGGUGAGGAGGAAGGCAGCAUCACGCGGCGUUACCUCCUGCAAGACAGCAAAAUCAAUAGCACGCUGAAGAUUGGCAUCCUCAUGCGCCAGACCGAGGGGGACAUGAACUUUAUCGCCCCGCCACUCAAAUCCGCCAUGGUGGUUGGCGGGAUCGCGGGCGUGCUGACCACGGAGGCGGGGGUGCUGGGUGGGGGAGGCGGCGCCAACGGCGAGGACAUCCCCAGUAUCACAUCCAAGACGCGCGAGCUGGCCGAAGCCCAGGACAUCUAUCGCCGGACCCUGGCGGCGACAUGGGCAUGCCAGGCCGGCGAGCUCGCGCCGGACAAACUGAUUGAAAACCUUUUCGCAGGAGGGGACGGCGGGCGCCCGCCAUCGUCGCCCAAGAAAUCCUCGAGCUCGCAUCAUCCCAACCCAGCAAGACUAGGCCGCCGAGAGGAGAGCAGGAACAGUAGUUCGAGCGACGAACGGCACCGGCACGGUCACACGAACCCUCCACAGCGCCACCACCCAUCAAGCACGCCACGUCCGAGUCUCCUCGCGCCGCAGACCUUCCUGACUCCGCAGAUGGCGGCGCCGGGUGCAAGUCCGCAACCUCAGGGCCAUCGACGCGGCACGAGCAGAGACUCGCCUACGCCUGGGCCGGCAGGCAGCGGCGUAAUGGGUGCGGUGAGUGGCCGGUCCAGUAUCGACCAGCAGGUCCAGCAGAGUCAAGCGGAGCAUGGGAACAGGCGGCGCAGCCAGGCCGAGCAGAAGGAAUAUACGGAAUUCGAGCUACGUGAUGAUCUGAGGAGUUGGAGCGUUAGAGUGCGGUGA